AUAUAUAUAUAUAUUUUUAUCAGUUUGAAGACCAUGAGCUCCUACAAAGCCAUAGUCUCACUGAAUCUACGAAUUAUGUAGUUCGCUCGCUGGCCGCACCUUACAGGUUUCGGAACUCACAUGCAUUGUAUCCAGUAGGUACGAAUGGCAUAGGCGUGAUUCCAGCCCUUGAAGUCCUUGAUUUUUUCCUUGCUUCCCUGUCACCUUACCUUGGACUGUUGCACUACCUCCUGUGAUUCCCAUUGGAUCUGGAGAGUAGAGUAGAUUACGCUGUAGAUAUCCAUACAGGGUCGAUCGUCUGGGGCUGACUCUUCAGCCGCAGCUAGCCCUCUUUGGCCAAGUCCGGCAACCCUAAUAAAGCCUCCUUCAACUUCAUACUUCAUCCAUCUAUCCCGUCCCCUCCUCCCCUUCUCUCCUCUUCUUCUUUCUUUUCUCUUCUUUUCUUUCCUCACCCUCCUCCAUUUUCUCCUCCAGACGAGAAGACUGAACAUAUUGUCCACUGCACCUCCUACCCGCUGAGGGCCUGUCUCUAACCCCCCAACAACAUAUCGCCAUUGCGGCAACAAUACCUACUACAUGUGCGCCCACCCAAUCCUACCUCCCAUUCUUCCAACCAUCCCUUCUCUUCAUCCUCUUCCAACCGCCAUAAUCCCAAUCUUCACCUCGAACGGCGCAAUACUACCAAUUCUCAACAUAAUAACAUUGGUACUGCCCCGUCGGGAUUCCCCGUGCGCAAUGACGAUGAAUCUCUUUCUCUCCAAACCCAAUGCCAGUCUUUACCGUCCUUUACUGCUGCUUCUUCUGUUUAUACCGCUGCUCCUGCAGCUUCAAAUUUGUCUUCUUCUUCCUCAUUUUUUCUCGGAUCUAUUCAUUCUUCGGCUUCUCUCCGGCAGCCAUCUUCACUCGCUUCCCCCCAGUACAAACAAAAUAAUGAUAUUUCAAACCAAUUGAGGGAGGAUGAUACCCCCUUCGUCAAUUGCUAUCUGCCCUCUGAUUCUCUCGCAUUUCCCCUACAUUCCGAUGCGCUUGCUUCUCAUGCACACGAUAUUAACGCUGCUACGACUGCCCCGACGCCCCCCUGGCUGGACUUGCUUGAGCUUGACCAUAAUCUCAACCAGGAUGACCAGUCGCUUAGCUCCCCGGUAUUAUUGCCAGCCGAGACUGGGUUGCAAACCGAGGCGGCGUCAACAUUGUUAAAUCCACGCUCCAGUGCGUCUGUUUCUGCUGCUAUUGCUGAAUACAACUUCCAAUACCCAUAUUCCAAAGGGGUUGAGCUAGAUUUUGAUGAAUCGCUUUUACUGACUGCGCAAGAUUCGUUCGCGACAUCAACGCAACCAGAUACGCAAUAUUCUCUACCAGAUUUCAACCAUCGGCCAAGCAACGUUGGACAGUAUUUUAUGUCUCCUCAAAGCAUUCACAAUCAAAACAUCAUGCAUCUACAACGCGGUGCAGCCAUCCCACCACCAUCCCAAUCACCGGUUCUAACUCACCAUAUCCAGCCAAAGCCAUCUUCAUCUCAACGACCGACUCCAUUCACAAGCACUUCCCCAGCCCCUUCUUUCACCAACACUCAACAUUCUACCCCUUCAUCAACGCAAACUCCACGGUCUCCUUCUGCAGUGACUAAAGCAGGGCCAACGGACCGUGCCGCUGACAAGCGACGACGCAACACGCUUGCUGCCCGCCGCUUCCGCCAGAAGCAGCACGAUCGCGUUGCGGAGCUAGAGCGGGCACUGGAAAGCGUGUGCAGGGAGAGGGAUGAAUUGAAGAUGCAGGCUGCCAGGUGGGAAGGAGAGGUUGUCGCGUUGAGAGGAAUGUUGCGUAAAAAGAGUUCAUGAUUAGGAUGUUUUCCUUCGGUUUUGGUUGGUGGGGUUGGGUUUCUUGAACUUUCAUGUUCAUUUUUUUUCAGGUGAAAGUAAAUGGAUUGGUGAGUGUAGAAGUUCUUCUCAUAUUGGGUUGAGCUUUGACUCGCUUAAUUCUGGUUCUGGUACUGGUUUGUUCUUUUGUUGCUAGCCUGUUUCUCUUGCUGCAGUUCCAAUUUGUUUUUUGCUUUUCUUUUCCUUUUUCUUUCUUUCUUUCUUUCUUUUCUUUUUCUCUUUUUUUUUUUUUUUUUUUAUUUUUUAUUUUUUUUUAUUUUUUUUACUAAAAACUAAAUUGAUUCAUAUUUGCCUUCACCAUUGUGUUUCUGUGUCCAGUUUAACUUUUUCUUUGUUCCUUCUCUUCAUCCUUGAUCAGCCUAUUUAUUUUGUUGUCUUCCUCCUAUACAUGAUAUUCAUUGCCUGUUCCUUCUGCCUCCCUCACUUCACUUCCCAACCCGGCGCGCGGAAAGGGAAACUUGAAUUUCUCGUACAAGACGACUAUUAAUUAGCACUCUAUUCCGCCCUUAAUGAAAAAGAAAGGCAGCAAAUUGUCAGAGGUCAAAGACACGGGGAAGGAGAGAAACGAGUAUACGAAUCAGACGAUGUCGGCUCUCCAAUUCUCUGAAAAAAGGGCUUGUCUUCCUAUUUUCGCCCCUUUCGAGAUGCGUCAUGCCUCAUUUAUAUGUUUUGAGGUUUGGCAGGUUGGAGGAAGUAUGUCAUCAUUUCGUUCAUUUUGUGGAGCCUUCAAGGGGGGUUAGGUAGGGAGGGUAGAUUGCUUGUCCCCUGAAACAGCAUUAAAGUGGCUGGGGAUAGGGGGCAAAAGGGUAUUGAUUGGAAAGGGAAUUUAAGCAUUGGAAUAUUCGGAUUGGGGCCAACAAUGUUGGGGUAAGGAAGGAAAAUGAGAUAAACUUAUCUAGGUACUUUACCUAACAAUGCAUUCCUUGUUCUCGAUUGGAUUCAACAGAGCGGUUAGGGCGAGCAUGAUGUGGGAUUCUGUCCGUUUCUCUCCAUUCCGUUCGCCCCUUAUUUAUCCUCCUUCUACUCAGCGGCGGGAUUUGAGGAUCCUUCCUUAUCUUCGGAGUGCAGGCGGUCUUGACCUUUUACUACGCCUGCAUGUGUAUACAUACAUGGUGAUUCUACAGCGUAGAGAUGAGUCCUUGUUCGUUUAUUGUAUACGGAGAGGAAUGACAGAUAUAUAUCGCGGAAUCUACAACUUUGCGUCAAGUGAUAUAUUGCCCUACUAAGUAUUGUUGUAAAUAAGCAACAAUUACAGAUUAUAACAAACAUUCAUUUUACUUUAAUUUUUUUCUAUCUCAGUUACACAUGGCUAGUUUUUUGUUGUUCAUCACAGGUUACCCCUCAUGUUCCUUGUAAAUGCAAUUAUCAAAAAUGAUUGAGUUGGUAGUAAAUUUUCUAUAUAUACAUAAUUAUGUCA